AAAGUAUAUGAUGUGAUCAUCAAAAAUUGUGAGAUUCAGAUGAAAAGAGAGUUAUUAAUUAUCAUAGACGAUGGAAAAACUGCUAAAAAAUUUAUAUGUGAUAACAAGCUUGAAAGUUAUUUGUCUGAAAUCCGUAAAGAAUUAAAUGAGAAACGAAUAAUUACACAGAACUUUAAGUUUCUGAGGGAAGAUUUACAGGAAGGGUAUCUUCAUGAGAUUUAUUCCGAUUCAGAAGAUUCCAUUACGUUAACGGAAAUUCUUAUAGACGACAAUUUUAUUCGUGUUUUGCUUAAUGAUUCAUCCAUUUCUUCCGACGAAACGGAUGAAGAAAUACUUUGUGAUUUUUUAUCCUAUGACGAACAAGUUCCAUGUGAACCACAUAUUCUUUUCCAUAAAAAUGAAAAAGUUGAAUAUUACAAACAAAAUAUUCACAAAUGUCAAUUGAAUUAUGGAUUGACCUUUACCAAUGAAGAUUCGAUUAAACCGUCAGAAAAAUUUAAGCGUGCAAUAUAUAAGGCCAUUGAAGGAAUAGAUCCUUAUAUAAGUUAUUUAAAGUUGUUGGAUGUCUUUGCAGCUUUUGGAAACUUCUUUGCCCAAAGUAUUGUAAUAGGUAAAAAAUUGUUUAAAUAUGUCGAAAGGGAUAUAGAUUGCAUUGAAGACGAAAUAGAAUGGUCAACUAUCGACGACUUCAGAAAAAUUUCGAAAAAAUUAGAAAAUAUGCUGUCAUAUAUUAAUAAUGAAAAUCUUUUAGUUAAUAGUUGGGUCGAAUCUUGUUAUCAAAAUGAUACUAAAUUAAAUGUUAUCGAAUAUGACGAUCUAAUAUCAAUUUAUGAAAUUUUUGAAGAAUCAACUCGUAGUCAGAUCAAAAUGAUUCUUGAAAUUCAUGAUCAUAGCAAUUCUUUAUUGAAAAUUUUACAAUUACCUGAAGAGGUUAGAAAGAUAAAGAAACCAGAUUUUAAGCAAGAGAUACUUAUGAUUGAUAGCGUGCAAGUUGAUGCAUCAGUGAUAUAUUAUCGUGUUAAAUUUAAGAAUAAAUUAAAAAGUGACAACUAUCAACUUUAUGGGAAUGUAACAACAACUUCUGGACAACAACUUAGUGGAAAGAUUAUUAAAUUUAAGGCAAUAAAUAUUUUUGGAUUUUCUGUAAAUGUCGAAAAUGUUCUUGAUAAAAAGAUAAAUAAUUCUGGAAAAAUGAAUAUAAACUGGAUGUUAGUUGGAAAUCCAGAAAUUGUUGAAAAUUUACAUGAAUUUGAGAAUUUACAUGAAAUUUUUUAUGAGAAUUCAUAUUCUCGAAAUUUAAUUGUUGUAGAAACCGGCAAGAAAGUGAUUGAACCUAGUAUUGAUCCAAAUUGGGAAAUUCAUAUUGAAACGCUUCCAAAUCUUCCGUUAAAUGCA